AUGGGACAAGAGACAAUCUCGCCAGAUUCGUCCCUGCUGCCGCAUCUCCGUCAUGGCCCAAACGGCAUCCAGCUCAUCGUCAAGGGCAAGCCCUUCCUCAUGCUCGCCGGCGAGCUGCACAACUCGUCGCUGAGCUCGGCCCGCUUCAUGGCCGACGUGUGGCCCACGAUGAAGGCGCAGUCCAUCAACACGCUGCUAGGUUCCGUCUACUGGGAAAUGAUUGAGCCCGUCGAAGGGCAGUUCGACUUCUCCGGGCUCGACGCUGUCGUCCGGGGCGCACGGGAGCACGGCCUCCACCUCGUCCUCUUGUGGUUCGGCACUUACAAGAACGGCAUGUCGACCUACGUCCCGCACUGGGUGAAGCGCGACGUGAAGCGGUUCCCGCGCGUCCAUGUGCUCGACGAGACCGCCAGCGGCCGGCGCAAGAGGACACUAGAGAUGAUCUCGCCGUUCUCGGACGAGUGUGUCACGGCGGACAGCCGCGCGUUCCGCAGGCUCACGGAGCACCUCGCCGAGAUGGACUCGGAGCAUAACACCGUCAUCAUGAUCCAGGUCGAGAACGAGAGUGGGCUUCUGGGCGACGCGCGGGACCGGUCUCGGGUUGCCGAGGCCGAGUUCGAAAAGGGCGUGCCCUCGGCACUGGUUGAUCAUCUGGUGGCCGCGACCAAAGAUCUGCACCCCAAGUUCAUCCGACGGUUCGGCGAGAGACUCGAGACAGUCGCCAAGGCCAGAUCAGAGGGCAAGGCGACGAGCUGGGAAGCGCUGUUCGGGCCGGGCGACGCCGCAAGCGAGGCGUUCACGGCCAAUGCGAUCUCGACGUACGUGGGCAAGGUCGCGGCGGCGGGCAAGCAGGGAUACCCAAUCCCCAUGUACACCAACACGUGGCUCAACUUUGACGACCCGGCGGCCGCGGCCGCGGCGGCGCUCGAUCUCGAGGGUCUCCCCUUCGUGGCCGGCGGCGGUGCUCAGCCGGGCAUCUACCCGUCCGGCGGACCCUGCCCGCACGUCACUGACAUCUGGCGUUUCAACGCCCCGGCCCUCGACUUCCUCGCGCCCGACUUGUACUUGCAAGACUACGAGGCCGUCUGCAGGGACUACACGGCCCACGCGGACAGCCCGCUGUUCAUCCCGGAGCAGCGCCGGGACGAGCACGGCGCGAGGAGGGUCUGGCUCGCGUAUGCGACGUACGGGGCGCUCGGGACUGGCCCGUUUGGUAUCGACACGGCCCCGGAGGCGAUUGGGAGGGAGUACAAGCUGCUCGCACAGACCAAGGAGUAUCUCCUCAACACGCCGCCCUCGAAGCGGUUCGGCUUCUUCUUUGACGAGCUGCCACAGUCUGGUCCGCCCAAGGGCCAAGAGCACUGGACCAAGAUGUUUGGCGGGCACCUCGAGGUCAUCGUCGAGCGGGCGUUUGUGUUUGGCAAGGCUGGCCCGGGAGGCGGGAUGGUGAUCCAGCUCGGUGGCGAGGACUCGGCCAGGUUCCUGGCGGUUGGGAGGGGAUUCAACGUCCACUUCAAGAGCCACAAGGACGACGCCACGUUCACGGGUAUUCUCGACUCCAGGGAGAAGGAGUAUGUCGAGGAUACUGGGGAGCUCCGCACCCUCAGGACGCUCAAUGGGGACGAGACGAGAAGCGGCAAGUUUCUCAUCAUGCCGAAUGAGGACCCGGACUAUGGGGGAUUUCCCAUUGCGGUGACGAUCCCUGCCAGAACCUGCAUUGCCGAGGUUGAAGCCUACUGGAUCUGUGAGAGCAACGAAGACAUGUAAACAGGUUUCCGCCUAUGCAUGAAACGUCUAUGAUAACUUGUACCUCGUU